CGUCCUUCGUUACAGUUAGCUACUACUGGCACUUUUCUACCUCGCCGAACGCAUAUUUCUACCAAAAUUUGGAGGGAUCCGCCCUUUAUUCCUAUUAGUCCGAAUAUCACCGCACUCCAGGGUCCCAGAUCUUGUCUACAACACGAAUCUGAUGUUUCCUUGUUAAAAAUGUCGCAUGGAAAGACCGAGUCUUUAGGGAAAGAUGCGAACGAUGUUCCCUGCCUUCACGGAAUUGCGAGCGGAGAUGGGUAUCGGACAUAUUCGCACGUCGUUGGCCUAUAGCUUGCGCGGCAGCUCAUCAAAAGGAGCCAGCCGAGCGCACAAUCUAGGGCUGGUCAUGAUGAACCACUGGGCUCUGAAGGCGACGAUGCCGUGAAACUGUCACCGAGAGGCGAUGUUUCUACCAACUCCCCGGGCCCUGGCCCUAUGUCUGCCGUUCCCGGAUUCGUCGACCUAGGGGGACGUUGGCUGGGGAGAAAGCCUCAUAGACAACACCGUACAUCUACAGCUUCGAAUGCGGGUUCAAUCAUUGGUUGUGGCUCCUCGACUGACGAUAAUAGCAACAAUGUUUGUGAGAGCGAAAACGAGGAUGCGGGCGCCUGCGGAACAGCAUCGUUUUUGUACACCCUGGACGGCGUUCAACAUCGCCCCCUUGAUAAAUAUUCUCUAAACUCUUGUCCAGACUUUCACCAACAACCCUACUAUCUAGAGAGCCCACCAUCAAAGGCCAAGAGCCGGGAGGACCAACGCUUAGGUCUCCGAGCGAGAUCUAAAUUAAGCCCGGACCCGAACCCGCAUCGCUUCCCUGUUCGUAGUGUGGUGACGAGACGAGUUCGAUUGCUCGGAAAGAGGCUUCAACAAUCGGAAUCCUCUGACUAUUCGAUCCGGUCUGGUUUCCCGGUAUCACCGCAGGGCAAGGAACGUCGUCGCCUCGCGCGGGAUCUAACAGGCAUCUGGCCGUCACAUGAAGAGACCCCGCUGAUCGAUACCCCGGGGUCCGAUGCCGCCAUUUGUAGCCCUGCUGAUGCUCAUGGGCGCCGCACUGACCUUCUAGCGAUGGCAGGAGCAAUUAUAGCAACGGUAGAACUUGAUCGACUGUCAAGGGCGAACUAUAGGGGGGCUCUCAACACGCUUAGGUCUCCCAGUGAUUUUCGGGGCGCUCCCCCCACCCCUCAAGUACCGCUCCAUAGUAGUGGUGCAAGUCUAGAUACCGACACGGCCAUAACUGGUGAUAACGCCCCAGGAACGCUCCCGCCGGUACCUUUCAACUUGGCUGCGUCGGAACCGGUGAGCCUAGCUCCUAGGCAGCCACGGCAUGCAGAAGGACAAAGACGAAGGGCGAGAUGGAGCUACUUGUCAGAAGUUGCGACACUAGAAGAGGCUGCCUCAACAGCAGAAGCCGCCAACGGAUAUGAAGGAACCCCUCCGACUGAGAGUCUAGAAACGCUUGCUAGGGACGGCGACGGAAAUCUCAACCAUAAGCUGUCGGGAGUAAAUCGGAGUGUUCAGAGAAAGAUCGUACCGCCGAAUACUGACCCCGCUAGACAUGCACGAGAGAACCCCUUGACAUCCACGUCUAUGGUCUCAAGCCACCCCAGUGUUCCCUCGGGGCCGCCCCAAAGUCCACCACGGCUCCCAGACGACUCGAGCACGGAUACACGGCAAGGUUCCCCAACUCCAAACCGGGUCUCCUCGAUUGGAGGGCCGCGCACAUGGGCCGGUGAUCCGGGAGGGAUACCUGGAGGUGACGACGGGACUUCGUGUAUAGACGCCCGAGGUAUAUGAAGAUGGGGAGAGAGGGUCCACUCCUCUCGAAUGGGAUCCGCAUGUUAGCCAGACGGCGGCAGAAGAAGACGUACGAUGGGAGAGAAGGCAGCUCGACCCAGGCGCUACUGCGGACGCUUAUGAAGAUGCCCUUGUUCUGAUGUAUGCAACUAAGUGCAUGUACGCGGUCUCUCGGAUAACCAGGACAGUCGUGCGAGGAGCAGGGAGUCUCAG